AUAAACAAGCACCAAAGUUCUCUGUCAUAGAUAAUAUAUCUGAGAUAUAUGAGUUACCUGGAAUUCAUGAAUGUAUUAACGGGCAAUGGCCUUUAAGAGCUGUGAUUGAUAUUGACGUAUUUUAA